AGGGGAGUGUCUGUCAGAAACGUUCAGCUCGCGGUGAGAUCUGCACUGAGGCUAUUUAUUAUUCAGCAUAUCGAACCAGAUCAGAACACAACAAAACAAAACACCAACGAGCUCGCGCACGCAAGGGGGAUAUUCAACUUCUGCUGUUAUUAACUUUAUUUACUUAAGUACUAUUGUCUUUUUAGUGUAGAAACAUUAAGCUAAAAUGAAUCGAAUGGGGAGUAUGUGCACAUUUGAUGAAAUCAGAUGGGAUGACAGAAUGAACGGGCACACAACGCUCAGACUGACUCUCCACGAGCAGAACCAGCAGCAGCCCACCACAGAGAAGCCAAUUGGCAGAGCUUUUGCUUUGGUACAACCAACCUAUGAGAGACAGCCACUGAAGCCUGAUCUGAUCAAGCCAUCUGAAGACCAGGGUGAGGUCAUCAAGGUAUAUCUGGAAGACCGCAAAGAGGCACAAGCCAGACACCAACAGAGUCUAAAGAUGCUCUCAGAGGAAGUUUCACAAAUACAGGAGGUGAGAUACUGUCUAAAGAACCUCAGAGAGCAGAUGGCAGCUAAAAGUCACAGAACAGAACAUAAGCUGGUGUUAUCUGGUCCUGGUCCCAGAAAAGUUACUCAUUCAGUACUUACACAGACCCUAAACGGUUUUGAGAGACAGGAUAGUAUGGAUGAGCAGGAAAAAGAGAAGAUGAGGGAGGCCAGUAAGCGUCUGUAUGCUCAACUCCAAGACGCAGAGAAGAAACACCAGGAGGAGAGAGAAAAACUGCUGGCUGAGGCGCGUCAGUAUAAGCAGAAGUUAUCUGAGCAGAGUGAGUAUCUGAAGAAGGUUCAGCAAAGCAAGGAGCAGCAGGAUAAGCAGAUCGAAGACCUCCAACGUCUCAUGGGCGGCAUGGAGCAGGAAAGCUCCACCCUCAGAGACCAGCUGAUGACCAAAGAAGCCGAACUCCUGCAGCUGCACGAACUGAGGGAGGAGGGCCAUGCAGGGAGGGAGAGGUUAGAAGAGCUGGAAAAGGAAAAUGCGAUUUUGAAAGAAAAGAUUCAUCACUUGGAUGACAUGCUCAAGAGUCAACAGAGGAAACUACGUCAAAUGAUUGAACAGCUUCAGAACUCGCGCAUGGUGAUUCAGGAGAGAGACAGAGUGAUCAGAGAGCUGGAGGAGAAGGUGGCCAUGUUGGAGGCAGAGAACAAACAAAUGCGCGAUCAGAUGGAUUACUACCUGGGGAGUCAAAGGUCAAAUACAUACCUGCCAUCAGACGGCAAUGCGCAGAUUGUCUACAGCAAGCCUCUGAGACCUUCCACCCAGACCAACAAGAGUCUGCCCUUCAUCAAAGUCAUUGAAAUUAAAUCAUGAACAUUACCACAGCCACAUCACAUCACUGCUAUGACCACCGCACCAUCCUCCAAUAUCAGUGCAGGAGAAUUCUAGCAACACAAAUGACCACAGACUUUCACCAAAGGACAUACAAUUGCUUUAAUGUCUAAAGGCCUUUUCUCCUAGAAUGCUUCUAACAAUGCAGAGGUCUGUUACUGUUAUUGCUACAAUUAUUUACUACGAAUAAUCAAUGUAGGUUUGACACAACAGGGACUGUUAAAGUGAACAUAUCUAUUUUUAUGAAGACAAGUGAAGAAAACAAAAAUGAAGAACUCAUUUGCAUUAUUGUGAGAAGUGUGAAGGGCUUCUAGAUGGAUGCUAGGGAUAUUUUGGUAUUUAUUUGAGGCUGGCCCUCUAAAGAUGAUGUCUUUCACCCAAUAUUAAUGGACAGACAGAUUGUGUUGCUCAACACCCUCAUUGAGCUCGCUUUAUCUCUCGUAAUCUCCCUCGGUAUUAACUCGGCUAAGCGCUUGUGGUAUUAAGGGGUCUUUUUCUGAGUUCGAAAAAUUAUAGAGAUGAUAACAGAUGGGGAAAACAUUUUUAUUUUAUUUUAUUUAAGGAAUAUGAAGUAAAGAAGGAUGAAGGAUUUUUAUAUAUUAUUUCGGAGAGUCCAGAGAGCAUGGAAAGUGAUCAGGAACAGCAGUGUUCCUUGUUUAUCUUAAAUAAUACUGAUAACUGAUUGUGCUGAAAGAACUAAAAGGGAGACAGUGAGUUAUGACACGCUUAUCCUGAAACAAAAAAACUACAAAAAAUAUUUAUUCUUCAUCUACACGCUUUUCUCAACCAAAGAGAAACAGCGGGAGAAUCCAAUGACUCGCCUUCUAUGAAAAACAAAGACGUCUUGUAAAUGUUUCAUAAGUUUGAAAGAAUGUAACACACGUCUUCCACUGAGCCAGACUAGUUCAGGCCAGUAGAACACAGUGUGACCCCUGUUAUCCAGUCCAGCCAGCUGCUGCAGUUACUCAGUUAGCCAUUUACAACAUUCAGUUAACAGAUUUUUUUGGACCUGGUUAGAAAACUGAUGUGAUUGGCUGGAGCACCUGGUCACCUUAAAGUAAUACGUAAACAGUUAAUAUCACAAAAGAGAUUUAUUUAUACUUCAUUAAUUUAAUUCUGGACAAGGGUGUGUUGAAAUAUGCAUUUCAUGACCGUGUUUAUCUUCACUUUCACACCUUCACAGCUGUAGAUAGUUUUGUGUAUAUUUUCUGUUUGUGUGAACUUUAACCUUAAUGUGAAUUCAUUAGAAAGGCUUCAUAUUAGCAUGCAACAUCCUUUAUUUUUUUUAUAAUAAUAUUUUUGUAGUAAAAAAUGAGUGUAAUGCUUGAAUUAAUGGCAUCUUGUGUAUUAUAUUUAAAUAAACUAGUUUCAUGAA